GUUAUGUGACAUAGGUAAGCGGUGUACUUUUCACAUGGAACUGACUAAGAAUACAUGAUCUCUUUUGACCUUUAUUUUGAGUAUCAGUCGAGUAAUAAUAAUCAUUAAAGAAAUGGCCGGAAAUAGGAAUCCUUAAUUAGGCUGGCUUUGCUCUGCUCAAGUUAGCUAGUUACCUUUCCAAACAGCUGGCUAGCUACCUAGCUAGCUUGAAGUAUAACAACAGUGAAUUCAGGGUAGCUGGUCAGGAAAAAAUAUUGAAUAGACCUUUAAUUUAACCAGCUGGAGACAACAUGAAUACAAUCAAGAAAGGCUAGCUAACGUUGUAUUCAGCCACAGGAUAUCACAAUACUUUCUGCGUUGUUAUAUCGGUAGAAAUAGCUAGCUAGUGCUAACGGGUAUUUUUACAACAUGGACCUUGGAUCUAUGUUGUUCAACAAUUUAAAAGAUGUAUCAUGGAGCACAACUUCUUUACCACUAGAUAGAAUAGUCAGUGUAUAUAGACUGCCGCAAAUUGUAAAAUUGGACAGCGGUGAGUUGGUUGAAGGCCUGAGAGACAAUGACUACCUCCUACUUCAUUCCUGUCGACAAUGGACAACCAUCACCGCACACAGUUUAGAAGAGGGCCAUUAUGUCAUAGGUCCCAAAAUUGAGAUCCCGGUGCAUUAUGAAGGUCAAUUUAAGUUGCUGGAGCAAGACAGAGAUGUUAAGGAGCCGGUGCAGUACUUCAGUAGUGUGGAAGAAGUUGCCAAAGCAUUUCCUGAAAGGGUGUAUGUCAUGGAGGAAAUCACAUUUAAUGUUAAGAUGGCUUCAGGGGAAAGCAAUGAAGACACUGAGGUGUACAACAUUAGAUUAAGCACUGGCGAUGAACUGACCCUAAUGGGCCAGGCUGAAAUCCUCUAUGCCAAGACAUCGAAAGAAAAAUCCAGACUUAAUACCAUCUUCAAGAAGAUUGGAAAGCUCAACUCCAUAAGUAAAAUUGGCAGAGGUAAGAUGCCGUGCUUGAUUUGCAUGAAUCACCGCACCAAUGAGAGUAUCAGCCUACCCUUUCAGUGCAAAGGUAGAUUCAGCACCUGCAGUCCACUAGAGCUCCAGAUGCAAGAGGGAGAACACACUAUCCGCAACAUCGUCGAGAAGACCCGUUUGCCAGUGAACGUCAUAGUGCCCAACAGCCCACCUCGCAACCAGCACGAUCUUCAUCUCAUCCGUGAAGGGCAUCGCUACAAAUUUGUCAACAUUCAGACCAAGACUGUCGUUGUUUGCUGCGUUCUGCGUAGCAACAAGAUCAUUCCCAUCCACUUUCCCCUUCACAUGUCCAUGCCCAAGCUGAUCAUCCCAGAGGGUCUGCUGCAGAGUGAAUUGUGGUUGGAAACUAUGGUGCAUCGCUGGUUCACAUUCUGCCAGGAACAGUUUGACAUUGAUGACUAUUCCCGUGCUGUGCGGGAUGUGCGAAUUGAUUGGAACGAAGAUGGAAAGAGUCCCAAGAAGAGCAGUGGCAGUGGGAAUGGCAGCAGCAAUGGGUGCCCUGCUCACAUGCAUGUGCCUAGCUCUCUAACGUAUUCCAGGGAGGAGCUGACCCAGUCCUUUCAUAGACUGUCAGUGUGCGUUUAUGGCAACAACCUACACGGUAACAGCGAGGUCAACUUACAGGGCUGCAUGACACUUACUGGAGACUGGGCGCUUUUACCCACCGAUGCCGCGCCAGUGGACACGGCUGACACGGAACAUCUCUUUCCAGAGUUGUGGGAGAACGUAAGUCAGUCUGGCCUGCUGCGUUCAGAUGUUCCAUAUGAGGAGCUGUGGUUAGAUCACAUGAGAGCACAAGGCCCCCGGCACUGUUUGAGUGACGGCAUGAACAGCAUCAAUAAUGCACCCAGUGCCACCGCAGUCCUUGCACUCCCAGCUAGUCAUGUUGGCUCAAUGUUCAACCCUGAAGUCUGUGUCCCGCCACCCCCAGUCCCACCAAAGUCUGAAGCUGUGAAGGAAGAAUGCCGUCUUCUGAAUGCCCCUCCCAUUCCCCCACGCACCUCCAAACAAAUGUCUUCAGCACUCCUAGUUCCAAAACUUCAAGAAGUCCGCUCUCCAAGCCCCACUCUCUCCUAUUAUUCAUCAGGACUCCACAGCAUUGGAGGCGAUGAGGCUGAAGUCAGCGAGCUGGAAGAGCGAAGCAGUGUGUGCUACCCCUGUGACUGGGUUAAGGCCAGUCCAAAUCUGGAAAGCCACACAGUGUCUCCUGGAAGCACAUCACGGAUAUCUUCCAGGCUUUCUUGGCCAAACUCCGUCUGUGGAGGGGACUCUGAAGGCACAGAAGAGUUUUUACCCAUCCAUUGUCGAAGUUACUACAGCUAUCCUCGGAAAAGACCCCCCGGCACCCCUAAAACCUGCACUUCCAGCCUUUAUGACUUUGAUGGGAGGGAGCACACAAAUCAAACUGCAGAGAACUUUAGGUCAUGCAAGAGCUAUAUGAGUGAGUUUUGCACCAAAUCCUCCAGUUUCAACCUAGAAAUGUACCGAGAAAAGUCAGUUGAAGAAUUGAAUUCAAAACAAAGCCUGUCAUGUCCAGUCUUACCACCAAGAACACUGAAAUCAAACGAGGGAAGCAAAGGUACAGAUUUAGUGGCUAUGGCAGACCAAGGUACAACACAGGAAACUGUUCUGUGUCCCUUCGGUGCCCAACACGAAGACUCUACAACAGAGAGCUUGUUUCCCUUCUCUGCCCACAAUCCUCUCACUGCCUCAAGUGAACAUUGGCAACCUCCCCUCAACCUGUCUGGUCUCUCUAUUGAAGAAGUGUCCAAGUGUUUAAGAUUCAUUGGCCUACCUGAUGACAUUCUGUCUUUGUUUGCCAAAGAAAAGAUUGAUGGCAGUCUACUUCUGCAGCUCACUGAGGAGAUUUUGUCUGAAGACUUUAAGCUAAGCAAACUUCAAGUGAAGAAACUUAUGCAGUUCAUCAAUGGUUGGAGACCGAAGAUAUAGUUUUUUUUUCUCAAGAAAAAGCCUAAUUUCCUGUAAUGCAAGUGCUGAAUAUUGAUAUUGGAAUAUCAAUUGAUGACUUGGAGAGCCUUUAGGUUUGGCACCAUAUUCUCAACACUAACAAGAUACAUACAUUAAAACAAUGACAUGGGAUUUUGUGCAAGGAAUUGUAUACCUUUCGGACUGCAAUAUGACAAAGUCUGGCUCACUAUUUGCAAUACCCUGUAAGUAAAUGUCAGGUACACACAAAUAUAAUGGACUUAAAUAUUGACAAACAUUAUGGAAGAACAGGGCAUUUAUGACUGUUAUUAUGUAAAUCAGAGUAAACUGAAAGCAGUUGCUCUUCUGAGAGACAAAGCAGCCUAACCUCUGAAGUGAAAUGCAGCUUAGGGACCAUAACUGCUGCCUUAGUACACAUCUGUGACGACUCAUGAAACUCAUGUUUUUUUUUCUUGGUUUGAGAAAAAUGGUACUUUUUGAAAAACUUUCUACUUCCAAAUUCCACAAAAAAAAGGCAAGAUGGUCAUAAAUGUAAAUAAUAUAUAUUAUAGCGAUUAUCUAUAUCCAAGUUUUAUUAUUUACAUUUAUACAAUCUUAGUCUAACUCUAUAAAGCAGAAAUAUUAUACAAAUGAAAGCAAAAAAUAAUAUUUAAGUAUGAACAAAACAUUCUGCUGCACACUGUUACAAAUGUCUUGGCUGGACUGCCAAGUAUACACAUGGAACUGGUGAUUAAAUCCUGUGAAGAAGAGUGGCAAUAGUACGUAGUUGAAAACUACUUUGAAGUUACAUAUUUGAUGUUGAAAAUCGCACAAGAUUGUAAUAUAUACAGUACACUACAGUUUAUUGGCAGGCCAUUGCAGCAAGCACUGGUAUCAAAUGUCCUCAAAGGUCAAGUACUUGUUUCACUGUUGCCAUUGACUCUUUUUAAAUUAGGAAUCAUAUUCAAGAGUUAUUUUGAUUUAAUUGUGGCUUUAAGAAUGGGACACAAUGUAUUAGAAACCACAAGCCACGUUUAAUCCACAUAACACUCAUGUUCAUAGAAAAUGAAGCUUCUUUUGACCUCAGUAAAAAUGUUAAAUAUAUCUUUGUGAAUGAGAUCUACUUUUCUCCCAUACACAAAGAAUGUCCUAAACAUUACCCUGUGGGUAAAUAUUAAUUACUAAUUAACUUGUCAUUGUGAGAAACGUCAAAAUGCCAUUGUUUUCAAAAUGGUCGAUUUAGAUUUUAAUGUGGUUUCCCAGACAGGGAUUAAAAUUGGGCCUAAUCCUGCCAUCCCAAUCCUGUUUGGUUAAACACAUUCCUCAAUUGGAUUACUGACCAGUUGUUGAGUUGCUGGCUAAGCAGCAAAUUCAGACGUAAUAGUCACACGUUUGUCAAAUGUAUGAUGAAGACCAGUUUUAGGAAUGUCAUAUUAAUAGCUAUAAAAAAAAGUUUACUUUAGUCUUGAUCCUUGUCUGCGAAACCACUGAGUUUGGUUCUAGGUCAAUGUAAAGAUUGUCUGUGAUGCAAGAAACAAGCCUUUUGUCUGCCUUAACCUACUGACCAUAAUCUUCUGUUAAGUUUUAUUUUUCCACAAGAAACUUUUAUACAAAUAAGGUUGGUGGACUGUGACAUUAAUAUGCAACUUGAUACACAGUGAAAAAAAUGUAGUAGUGUAUUAGGAAAAUACUCCUUUAGUAGGAUUGCCUUUAAAGUUAAAGAUUUUUAUGGUUAAAUUGAUGUCUCAGAAGUAUUGCCACCUGAUGAUUGGUCAAGUUUUCCUUUCAAUCAUCAAACGGUCUUAUGCAAAGAAUGUCUAAAAUGCAACUAAGGAAAUGUAAUUCAUAAACUAACUCAUACUAAGUGUAUGCAAAAAUUAAGUAAAGGAAAAAAAGAAAAACCAAGUGCAUCAAAGGUUUCUAAACAAUCACUGAUGUAUCUGUUUUCCUUGAUUAAUUUGCUGCUUGGUAACUGAUGCUCAGACUUAAAUGUGAAAAAUAAAACUAAGAUUGUCCAUCAAAACAAUGAUCUACAUCAAAACUAACCAUGUUGUAUUGAUUGCAUUACUGAUUUAAAUGAAUUCACCUCAACACAGGUACAAAUGCUUUUGUGAAACUGAUAUUGGAUUAUCAUCAGCCUCCCCUUUUUUCCACAAUUAAAUUUCCACUAAAUUGUAUGAAAUUAAUGGUUUUCAUUAGUGAACUUUAAAGGUAUGUUGUACAUAACAUAGUACACACAUACUAGUGGCAGCACACACACUAGUCACAAUUCAGCAAAUGCCACCUUGUGCUAUACUAACCCGUAGGCACUUAGGUAUAUGUGACCACGGUUAGCACAAAAUGUAUGUUUCAAAAUCUGUCAACAAAAUCUGUCAACAACUUGAAGGACUAGUGAAAAGUCAAUCUUUUUGAUUACAAUCUAGAUCUACAUAAUAUGGAAAAAUACACAGAUGAUAGUAAUUGGUUGGGUUCUAUUAAGGAUAGAAUAAGGCAUAGGUGAAACUUCUGUUGUGGAAUACAGACCCUUUCAUGAACAACCCUUUUGUUUCAGUUGUUUGGUUUUAAAGUAUAUGAUAAAUAAAAAUGGACAAAUGUCAA